AGGAUAUCACAUUGCAGCCAAUGCUGAACAAAUCCCAGCAACCUUGAGUUCACGCGGUGGAGCUACAUUCAUCGCAAGCAAGAUUUGUAUCUUCAGUUGGGACUCUGAAGUUUGAUUGAAAUCCAUCCUGUGAUAUCGGGAACUGGGAGGAGUGAUUUGGUUCUUAACAAUAUACGAGCUCGUCUUCAUCAACCAGCCUUGCUUCUCAAAAUUACUAGCACUUCGUCGGCCUUCAAGGCGGAGGAUUUUAUUGGGUAUGGCUGGAUUUUGGAUGGGUGAGGGGACCCAGGAGCGGAUGGAUCUAUGGCUGACCCGGGCCUUGGUCCUUUUGAGCUUCGCGGCGCAUCUUACCCUGGCCCAAUUAGCUGGGAUCCGUCGGCGUAGGGACUCCGGCAUGCAGAUAUCUCUGGUGUGGGUAGCAUACCACGUGACCGAGAUAAUCACGCCAAUCGCACUCGGCAAGGUGUUUCUCGACACCGCGACCGCGGUUAGCGAGCAUGUGAUGUUUGCAUUUUGGGCGCCAUUUCUCCUCCUCCACCUUGGUCGCCCGGACAACAUCACCAGCUAUGCUUUGGAGAACAAGGAACUGUCACCAACCCAAAAGGCUGCUCUCGUCCUUGAAAUUGGAGGAGCUAUCUAUGGCUCAUACAAGCAAAGAUUUAUGCGCCACGACAGGGCUCUGUGCGCCGCCUUCUUCAUCAUGCUCUUCUUUGGUUCCUAUAAGUAUGUGGAGAGAGCAGUUGCGCUACGGAGAGCUUCCUUUGACAACAUUCGCCGCUCAAACAAGAAAAAGUUUAUACGGCGCUUAACUUUUGAGGACCAGGGUCGUAAGAGGGAUAAUGAUGACGCCCUGCUUGAUGCUCACGGCCUUCUCGGUGUCACCAUGGCUGCCUUCGCUGACUAUCAAGUUGACCGCAGGACGUAUGUCCCAUCUUAUUCUUGUUGGAGGGAUGUGAGCAAGGUGGUGGAGAUGGAGGCGUCCCUCAUGUACGACAUGUUGUACACCAAAUCAAGUGUGAUCCACACUUUGGGUGGUUACAUCAUCCGUGUCCUCUCGCCGCCCGCCACCGCCACGGCACUCUAUCUCUUCCACAGUUAUGACGGCCUGGCCAUGGAGAGGGCAGAUCGGAUGGUCACAUACACCUUGCUUAUUGGUACCCUAAUGUUGGAUGUGAGAUGGCUGCUGAGAGCACUAGGGUCCACCUGGACAUAUGCCUUCUUGAUAUCCAAGAAAGGAGGCGGUCGGGCUGUGAUGCAACCAUGGUAUUUGCUCCGGCGCAUCCUCAUCUCUCUGGAUCCGUCCCGGCUGUCACUGAGAAGUGGCCCAAGUGGCCACAGGUUGUUGCCGGGCUCGGGUAUCGGACAGCGCAACUUGUUGCACGAGUGCAGUACUCCUCAAGUUAAGAAAAAGAAGAUGAUUGAUGUCAAGGAUGAGUUGUCUCAAGCUCUGUGCGAAUAUCUAGUGUUGAAUUUGGACAGAAUAUUCGAGAGCCGUUACACAACCACAGUGGAACUCGCUGAUUAUAUGAGGGAUAAUGCCAGGAGCUGUAGUUUUGAAAGGAACCUCAUCGCAUUCCACGUCGCCACGGACAUUUUCCUCCUGUGCAGGCCGACGUCGUCAGGGAUAGGAAGUGAAGCAUCAGCCAAAUACGAGAGGCAGAUUCGAGCGCUAUCAGAUUACAUGAUGUUUCUCCUCGCUCAACGCCAGCACAUGGUAUUGCCACCGGGUGAUGAGGGCGGCGAGUACAAAAAGGUUCGCCUUCAUUUGAAGAAAAUAUGGCGUGAAAUUGAAGUAUGGCGUGAAAGACGAACCGGCGAUUCACAGACAACAAGAGAGACUGAGCUUGCCUACAUCCUCCUAGAGAUGCAUGAGCCUCUGUACAGUAGUUCUUCUGACAUAAGACGAUACAAUAUUCCAGUCGCGUUUGGUGCUUAUUUGGCCGACAGGCUAUUAGAUGCACUGGGACCGGGAAUAUAUGGUACUGACGAGGACAGUCGCAGACUUGCAGGUUUCAUUCUGGUAUUCACCGAUGAGGCACAAACAAAAAUUAAAGAGCAUAGGGACUGCGGGGAACAAUCAAAACUCCUCAAUUAUUUGUUGAAGCUCAUUCUUGCUUCAUGGGUACGUCUUCUCACCUUCACGUCCGACCAAUGCAGCAGUGAUUCCCAUGCAAAACAGCUCAGCUGCGGUGGUGAGCUGUUAACCAUCGCCUGGCUGAUGAAACGACACACAACUAUUGUUUCCAAGCGAAUAAACUGAACAACAUUGUAUCUCAUCUGCUCUGCUUUCUAUUAAAAAAUUUAGCACUUACUAUUACUA